GGGAGCUGUCCUGGAGCUGAAAACAGAAUCGCUCGCGCUACGACUGGGAGGAGAUGCUAUACACGUUUACUACUGUCGUCUGAGCUACUUGCCAAAGAUGCUGUCACUCCCCAAGCUAUCCACGGGGAAAACUGUCGUUCUCGCCUGCCUCCUCCAUGCGUGUGCAUCCCUCCCCCGCCACCACAGGCUCAGAGGCGGGGAGUCCGAGGACCGACAACCCGCUGCCUACCCGCCCAGCUCCGACAUGAUCAAAGCCCUGGAGUACAUCGAGAGCCUGAAGCAGCGGACAGACGGGGGCCGAGAGCGAGAGGAGCCAACAAGAGACUAUGAUGAGGUCGAGAAGUUCCGCAUCCUCCUCCAGCUCGCCUCUCUCCAGGAUGAAGGCGCACCCGAAAGGCAGUCUCCCUCGCCGGCCCAGAGGCAGCAAGACAUCCCGGCUGAGCAGCUGGUGAGAGCCUUGCUCAGGACCCUCCAGGAGCAGCCCGCUAGUCCCCCCAGACCCGUUCCUGUGGUGCCGGGGAACGAGCGCCGCACGCACAGGUACCAAUCGGUGAACACAGGCAACCCCGUAAAUGCGCCUGUCUACGGUGGCUUCCCGAGGCCACACAAGAAGUACCCGCUGAUGUUCGAGGACGAGGAGAAUAGAGAUAGCGCCAAGCGCGCCACGGAGGACCUGGACCAACAAUACACCCCUCAGAGCCUCGCCAACCUGCGCUCCAUCUUCGAAGAACUGGGGAAACUAUCCACAUCCAACGGCCAGAAGCGCGGAAUCUUUGACGAUGAUGAUGACGACGAUUUAUUCAGUCUGAGGAACCUGGCCUACGAGGACGUGGCGGGCGGGGAGGAGUUGAUUCCCUUAGAGGAGCAGGUCGAGACGGAGGAGGUGGUGAACGGGAGCCACGAGGAGUUCGACAGGGCUCUGGAGCAGAACUAUGACGAGGAUGAAGAGGAGGAGGAGGGCAACGGAAUGCAGGUGCAACGCAGAGCCAGCCAGGACAAAGAGGACCCAGAGGAUGAUACUAAACUAGUGGAUUAUUACCUGUUGAAGAUCCUGGAGAUGAGUGAACAUGAGACAGCCAAGAGGCAAGCUGGAGAGCAAAACAAGAGAGUGAUCCGCCACCCCCUGGUGGACCCCCGGGCCCUGAACGAGCUGUUAGAGAUCUCCCUCAAGCUCCACAUCCCCCCGGAGGACCUUAUUGAUAUGCUGAUCACCGAGGAGAUCAGAAAACUAGACCGUCACCCUCAAGUCUCUUCCCGCUACAGGACCAAACCGAAGAUCAGAUACUACAGCCGGAGACUGCCAGUCAAAAACGCUCCUGAAGACAUGGACGAGGAAGACUUCCUGAAAAUAAUCGAAAUGGAAACCAUCAGCAACGACUAUCCUGUGAGUCGGAGGCCGCUCAAAAGUGUCUCUGUCCCGGCCAGGGUUUCAGCACCACCCGCCCCGGCGAGAGUUUCAGCACCAGCACCAGUGGCUCCUCCAGCGGCUCCUGCAAAAAUCCCAGCUCCGUCCGGCCGAAGGGAAAACUUAUUUAUGUCGGAGCUCAACAAGAUGCCCUUUAGGAGAGAAGCCGACAACGAUGAUGAGGCGGAUGAAGACGAGAUAACAACAUUUCUGGCGGCCAAAAUAUUAACGGAGUACCCUAGCACCAUCAACAAACGCGACACCCAAUCUCAGGCAAACGGACAGUUUCCUUAUGAGUUAUACGAACAAGCCAUGAAAGAUUACUUUGACCAAGCGGACAGUGAGAAAGCAGGCACGCAAACAAAUAGAGAUUCAGAAGCUAAUGAGGAGGUAGUGGAGUCCACGGAGACGCAGGUGAAAGAUGAGGUAACGCCAGAGACGGCGGCUCCAGAGACGGAGAAAGAGCAGGAAAAGGAACAUCGCGGAAAACCGUUUGCUGGAAUGUAAGCUACGCUCUGAAGACGCGCGCGGCAUCCUCUAAUGAAAUAUUAAUAAGUCAUGUUUAUACUAUAUCAAAAUUACCAGUCUGCUGGACGUACUCUGGUUUACAUAAAAUGUGUAUAUACAUGAAGUAACAUAUAUGAAUUAUAUCAGUGUGCUGGGGAUGGAGGCAAAGUGUGUUGUGUAAACAUCUGGGUUUGUGAGUUCCCAAUCUUGUAACAUUGUGAAAAUGUCAUUCCCUGAUAUAGGCUAGAGUAAGACCCUCACCAUCCUGCCUUCCAACCCUGUAACGCUGCAAGCUCUGUAAUCGUUGGACUCUCUCUAUUGUUGUGGUAUAUAUGCUCAUUUUUAAACCAUUUUGUACGUGUUCAAUAAUAUGUGACGAGUUGGAGAUGAAUAAAGCAUUAGAAGUAUUA